UCCGCGGGGAAGCUCCAAAAUUUCUAGGCCGAACAAAUAAUUUCGAGGCCAAUAGAACAAGCUUCGCGACUACAACCUUUGAGCCAGGACCUUGUUGUUAAGCUACCUGUGCUAAUCUCUAUUCUCUUCUUGUUGACCUGGUUUGAUUUAAUAGCCCAAAUACCAAAAAACGACGCCGGCGCACCUCCUUCAACAUGCAGGCUCCCGUUGUGGUUAUGAACACCCAAAGCGGUGAUAGACAAACUGGACGAAAAGCCCAGUUGUCCAACAUCGCCGCUGCGAAAACUGUCUCCGAUAUCAUUCGAUCAUGUCUCGGUCCCAAGGCUAUGUUGAAGAUGUUGUUGGAUCCUAUGGGCGGUAUCGUACUGACGAACGAUGGCCACGCUAUCCUACGAGAAAUCGAGGUUUCACACCCUGCUGCCAAGAGUAUGAUUGAGCUUAGCAGGACACAAGAUGAGGAAGUAGGUGACGGCACAACCACCGUUAUCAUCUUGGCUGGCGAGAUUCUAGCACACGCCCUACCCCAACUCGAACGAAACAUACACCCGGUCGUAAUUAUUUCUGCCUUCAAGCACGCGCUUAAGGAUGCCCUAGAGAUUAUCGACGAAAUAUCCCUACCGAUAGAUAUCAACGACGAUAAAGCCAUGUUUGGCCUAAUCUCCUCUUCCAUCGGUACCAAGUUCGUUUCGAGGUGGACCGACCUGAUGUGCAGUUUAGCUCUAAAUGCUGUCCGAACAGUUACUUGGGAGGCUGGAAACGGCAAGACGGAAGUCGAUAUUAAGCGAUAUGCACGUGUAGAGAAAGUUCCCGGUGGCGAGAUCGAAGACAGCAGAGUUCUAGAUGGUGUUAUGCUCAACAAAGAUAUUACCCACCCCAAAAUGCGAAGGAAGAUUGAGAAUCCCCGAAUCCUCCUUCUAGACUGCCCCUUAGAGUACAAGAAGGGCGAGUCUCAAACCAACAUCGAAAUUACAAAGGAAGAAGACUGGAACCGUAUUCUACAGAUCGAGGAAGAGCAAGUCAAGGCUAUGUGCGAAUCGAUCCUAGCGUUCAAGCCCGACCUAGUCAUUACGGAGAAGGGUGUUUCUGACCUCGCGCAACACUACUUCAUGAAGGCAAACGUUACUGCGCUACGAAGAGUCCGAAAGACGGACAACAACCGAAUUGCUCGAGCGACAGGUGCUACCAUUGUAAACAGAGUGGAUGAUCUUCAAGAGUCGGAUAUCGGAACGAAGUGUGGCCUAUUCGAAAUCGAGAAGAUUGGUGACGAGUACUUCACUUUCCUCACCAAGUGCAAAACACCUAAGGCUUGCACGAUCCUUCUCCGAGGACCCUCCAAGGAUAUUCUGAACGAGAUUGAGCGAAACCUCCAAGAUGCUAUGGGUGUAGCCCGGAACGUUAUGUUCCAUCCUAGACUAUCGCCUGGUGGUGGAGCUACAGAGAUGGCAGUCUCAGUACGGUUGAAUCAAUUGGCAAGAAAUAUUGAAGGCGUACAACAAUGGCCUUACAAAGCGGUUGCCGAUGCCUUAGAAGUUAUCCCCCGAACUCUAGUCCAGAAUGCCGGUGCUAGCCCGGUAAGAGUCCUCACCGAGCUUCGUGCUAAGCAAUCAGAGGGCAAGAGCUCGUGGGGUAUCAACGGAGAUACCGGCACAAUCGUCGAUAUGCAGGAGUAUGCCAUUUGGGAGCCAGAAGCGAUCAAACUACAGAGUAUCAAGACCGCUAUUGAGGCCGCUUGUCUUUUGCUAAGAGUUGACGAUAUCUGCAGCGCCAAGAAGGCGCAACAAGUUGGAGCUCCGGGCGUAGGUGGUGGGGAUGACUAAGGAGUAAAAAAGGAAAAUAAUUGAUGAAAUCUUCGAGCAAGCCUAUUAGACAUGGAAAACGAGAGGACAUACCCCUGUACCAACGACUGGUCUAAAAGUUACAAGAUAGAUGAACUAGAUGGCUUCGCUACCAUCAAUGACUCGCUUGUGACUUUGUUA